AUGCCUCCCUUUCCCCUCCUCCGCCUUCCUGGAGUGGUUCUGUUCGAUGUAUUCAAAUCAUUGAGUAUCAGAGAGAAAAUCUUGCUCUCCCUUUGCUCCAAGAGAAUCUCCACUCAAAUCAAUAACGCUCAAUUCUACUCUCAAAAGGUUAUAGUCGAUCUGGACAUGUUAUACCAAGGAAUCAGAGUUCACACUGAAAAUAACAGAGAUUCAUUUGAAAUCUACAUUUGUCCUGAUUCCAUGAUAAGGCGCAAUUUAAUUACUCGACAGUUCUUUGUCGAAUGUUGUACUGUAAGAACAAUUUUCAUCCCCACAGGAAUCUCAACAUUUUGGAAAAAUCAUCAAGAAGGAUUUCCAUCCAUGAUUCGGCAUCUAUCAAAGAUGUUUCAAUGCAAGAUUUCAACUAAGAGCAGUUGUAAUGAAAGUGAUUUAUUUCAAGAAACAAUCUCAAAUUCGUGUGAUCUACAAUUGGAAUUCAAGAAGCUCACUAUUCACCUUAAUGGAUCAAGAGAUCAAAACUUGUUCUGGUAUCAGAUAUCCAGUAACUUGGAAUUGGUUGAGAGUCUUUGCAUCUCAUCUGUUCCUGAUCCCGGUUUCAGGCCAGUGUUCACUUCAUGGCCACAGAAUAUUUUUAUUGGGAAUUCCGCUUGGUUCACUGUGGAAUAUCUUUUGGCGUGCACGUGCACUACAAUUACACUUGAGGAUUCUUCUCUGGAAAACAAGGAUUUGGAAGAGAUACUCAAGAUUUGGAAGGCCGGAGGGUUUCCGAAUCUAGAGCGUCUGAAGAUCCAUAGUCGAAAUAUUACAAGUACUGGAACGACGAUUUUAGGAAUGAAUUCAGAAGAAUUAUACAAGAAGGAUAUCGAAACUGAGGAUGGAUCAAAGAAGGCAUUUAUCAGAAUCAGAGACCAAUGUCUUGAAAUGUCUGUGACUCCACUAGAAUGA